AUGCGGCACAAGCCCAUGGUUUGCAGGCGACUGCGGCUCGCAACCUUGGCCGCUCCCAGCUUUUCGGGUAUACGUAACACCAAGAUGCACAGGCGAUCGAGCAACACACAUCGCAAUAUAGCAGACACAAUCUCAUCCGGUGCAACUUGGUGCAUCACCAUGACCGCCUUUUGUCCUCGCACCAGUAUCCGUCUGCUUCCUACACUGGUCCUCGCCAAUGACCUGGCGUCUCACAGUCUGACAGUCACACCUAUACAUAUUCCUACAGUAAACCGCCCGAGACCUCGGCCGCCCGCCUGGCUCCCGAUCGUCAGAUACCAUGGCCAGUCCACUCAAUCCCCAAGUCUUGGGUCGCCCAUUCCCGUCACGCCCGCCCUGUCUGUCCCAGAAGUCUGGGUUCCACCGCGCUUAAUGACCCGAAAAGGCCUCGCAAUUCGCAAAACCAUAAAUGGCAUCGGCCCCCACUCCCUUAGCAUCUCAGAACUACCUGGCAAGCCAUUGAGAAAUCACUUCAACAUCCUGCAAUCUUGCACUUCUCGAUCUUAUAAACUCUUGUUCGCUGCCUACCUCUUCUGCUCCAGUCUCUUCUACAACCUGUACUUUUCUGCUCCAAACUUUCUUGUUGCUCUCACCACUACAACCCAUUUCGUUGUUCUGACAUCACCUAUAACAAUGGUUCCACCCCACCGCCUCGCCAGAACCCUUCCCUGCGAACCCUGCCCUGGGUGGGAAGAGCAGAGUGUGCCACGCAACGCUCCUGCGAUGCUUGAAGCAACCUAUAUCGAUGGUGUUUUGUCUUUUGGACCCAAGAUUCCCGGCACCAGAUGCCCGACCUGCGCCCUGGCCGGCAAAGAAGUUUGGCUUGAGCUUUCCUCGUCCAACUAUGCCGCCGCCACCUCGGCGCCUCGCGAGGGGAGCGGCUGGCUACACCUGUCCGCCUACGUGACAGACAGGCAAACGGUUCGAACGCGACACGAACCGAAGAACGAAACGAUAUCAUUACCAGCGCGUGAUUGCGCAUUUCCAUCCCUUUCACCCAACCACGUUUGCGCCAAGUGCGCCGUCGCUGGCGACCACUCGGAGGCACACCAGCCUGGACGAUUCUGGCAACCUAUUGUUGAAUGUUGA